AAUUUUAACAAAUUGUCAAGAAAAGUUGCAAAAAGCACGUCAAAAUGCGAAUCAAAAUCAUCGAUUGUACUAACACAACAUAAACACUAGCAAUACUAAAUGAAGAAAUAGUAGAACAUAGUAUUGGCUUCUAAAUUCCAGAUGAGAUGAUAUCUAAAAAUGUGGACAGAAUAUUUAUGGAAAUUCCUCCUUGUCGAAACUUCAGAGCUAAUUGAAUGGGCAAAAUGCGGCGACGACUACAUAUCCACGGUGCCCACAAUCCUGUGGGCGAUCGGCGCCUCGGCAUUCGCGCAUCGCUUGCUUGUCUCCAUGUUCCGUAGAUUUAUGUUCAGAAGAGUGGCGCUAUGGGAACUCGUCCUGCAACAUCUCCUGUUUGUGUGGAUGGUGCUGUACAGCCUUCACUUCUGGCACGUGUCUGUGGGCCUCAUCAAACUGUUCAUAGACUAUUGCGACGAAGAAGGGGAAAUUCUGAUGGAUGAGGAGAAAUUGGCGACUGUAAAUAUAAUGCAGCAAUGGGUCAUCUGGCUGUUUGGAGUAUCGCCUCUUGCUGUGUACUGGUACACGCGACCUCGGCGAUCUUCACCACCAAUUAUGAUAUGGAUUACAACCAGCCCAUGGCAGAGAAGGGAAAUGGGUCCCUAUGGAUAUUAUUUAAAUCGACCGUUUUCCUCCCUACAGUCCCUCACAAACCUAUCCCUACAGGAACGCACGCUGACUCUGAGACGCGCAGUAAGCGAUUCUAAAAUCAUUAUCAAAGAACCGCCUAAAAAGAGAAGAAUUUCUAAAUCUAUAUAGAAUUUUACAAGAUAAAUAAAGAACUACUUUAAAUUGUGA